GCGGAGGGUAAAUUGGUUGACAUCCUGGCGCAGCGUGAAAGCCACAGCAGGGAUGGCCUCUCAAACCCCCAGCAGCCGGAAGUUGCUGACGAGAAGGACGAGGGGGUCGAGAAUCUAAGACACAGGGUUCAAGUCCUUAAUAAUGAGAUCACCGAGCGGAUCGCCAAUGCAAAGAGAGUUCUUGGUAAUAGUCGUCCUAGUGCCGGUAUGGAGCCCGGGCCCGCGGCGUUGGAUAGCACUGCUGUCAGUGCAGCAGCGACUCGUCUGUCCGGAGAUGGUGACCAAGGUGCAGUACUGGGAGGUGCGGAGAGGACGAUAUUAAUCGAGUUGAUAGAGACGAGCAGGGAAGUGGCGGUAGAGGCCGAGGGCUUGGAGCCUCAGCUAUCGGCUGCUGAGGAGGCAGUGAGAAAAACAGCAGCCGAUACUGAGAGUACGCAGAGAGAGGCUGACGCUAAAAGGGAGCGCCUCGCCGAAAGUAUCGCAGCGCUGAAGAUGCAGGAUGACGAGGCCCAGGAGGAUCUGGAGCAAGUCAGUGAGAGUCUUGCGGCUGCAAAAAGGAAAAUAGACGAAGAGCGCAGUGCUUUGUUGGGAAUAUCGAGUAAAUUGGCCGAAAGGAAAAUUAAGGGCGCCCAAAUUACGUCCUCCGCGUCAAACAUCCUUGACUUUUUCUCAACUAGGAAAUACGAAAUGAGGGAUGUUUUCCUCAGAAUGUAAUACUGCAACCUUUAAGAAAGACAUAUUUCAGGAGGAGGAGGAGGUUGAAAAGCAAGCCAAAGACAGGCUCGCGGAGGCGGAAACGGACGCCAAAGACCUCGGUGACAGAGAGAAGAAAGCGGAGGCCGCCGUCAAAAGCCUAGAAGACCUGCACAUGAUGCCGCCCAGAGGAGACGCAGAUCUUUGGCAAGAGAACGCUGAGUUCGAGCAGCUUGAGAGCGAGAUUGCAGCAGGGCGCGUUGCUGAACAGAGCGUUUUUGAUUCACUCCAGUUAAGGCUCACGAUAGAUCAUGACUUUGUAUCUUAUUUUCAGCAUUUCAACACUCUGUUGACUUGUUGUCACCAAGUAAGUAGUUAUCACUAAGUAAGUAACCAUUGUAAGAUUCAGUAGGCUUCUCCCGACGACCUGGAAGCAGUUUUGUGAGAAUUGGAUUCAGUUUUAACUUCUUUUGCAAAAGAAAGACAGUGUAAUGAAGAUGAAUUAUCGCACACUUGCUCUAAUCCACAGGGAGGCCGAAAUACAAGGCGAUGUGGAGAAAGAAGCUGAAGUUCGAACGCAAGAAGUAGAAGAUCUGGAAAAUGCUCUCAGAGGACUAGGUCAGCAGGCAGUUGGCGGUGCUGGAUCAGAUCCAGGAUCAGACUCAUCCGCGUUUGAUUUUUGGAACCUCCAAACAUCUCCAUAGGAAAAUAAUGGUUGGAGGCUCUAAAAAUCGGAAGAAUAUUUUCUGGGCUUCGAAGUUUUUGAUUCGGUGAUCUCAAGAAUAUUGACUUUUGAACAACAUGCAUUCGAAGAACAUCAACAACACGCGUCUAAUAUAGCUAGUUGCGUGGUUAUGUACUUACAUUUGCAGACUUCCUUGCGGGGUUUUCUAGCCUCUUCCUUGCUUAGAAAGUCUAAAUCAUCUACAGACGGACAGCCUGAAAGUAGCAGACGCUGCGAAAACGGAUGCCACUGCAGAAGAAACCGCUGUUGAAGGUCUUCACAGAGAACUUCGAGAUGCGACGAAUAGCCGCAAUACAGCCAGAGGGACUCUGGAUACUGCGAGAGAGGGCGCUAGUGAGAGCGGCGCGGCAGAAACUGAGCUGGCUGAAACUCUUGAGAAUCUGAG